UAGUACAGUUAGCGUAGAGGCUACCGUACAUCUACAUCCAUUGACAGGAUUUGAGCUUUCUUGUAUCGAUAGACAUCUACUCUGUGUAAUGAUGGGUGACAAAGAUUCAUCAGAUGAGGAGGACGUGUUUGAGUGUGGGAGGUGCAAGGAAAAGUUCACCGAAAUUGCCAACUUCAUGCACCAUAAAAGAGAUAAGAGCUGCAACAAGGCUAAGAAACAGAAGGAAAUGACCCCUAAGGAUACAGCCCAGGAACUAGGUGAUGUUCUGAACAGGAUCCUGAACAGCACUACAGAUCCUCAUGUGAUAUCUCCCAUGACAGAACAAGGAGUGGCCAACACCACCGUGCCCAGUGUCUCUCCGACCAUCAGUGACUUGUUCACGACCAAGGCAGGGGACAAGGAGAUUGAUCCCGGACACAUCGGCCUGGACAUCUUGAGUUCACUGGAACAUACCAGCAAGCAGGAGCAAGUGUCCACAAGCGCUACCUGCAUCCCGUGGUUCCCGGACCAGCAGAUCCUGGACAACCACUUGCAGGAAAAGCAUGCCAUUGAAGCAAGCCCACUAGAUCAAGUUGAGCUUGAAGAAGAGGCAGAAUCAAAAGCGAAUGUUGACGGGAAGCCUCAACUGGCCAGCCCAGAUGCACCCACUGAUUUGCCAGUUGAGAAGUCCACAAGGAGGACACGUCCACAACAUUCAUGCAGUGUGUGUAACUUGAAGUUCCUCAGUAGAUUCAAGCUUGAGCAACAUAAUGCUGGGAGGAAGCAUCGUAACGUGAUCAAGAAACUGAAAACAGAUUCAGGAAAGGCUGAUGUUCCGAAGCGUCGACCCGGUCGCCCAUCUAAGAAAGGAGAGUGUCCUUUUUGUGGUGUUUCCACAAAUUCUGUCAAGGAUUUACAAAAGCAUUUAAAAGAGCAGCACAGGGGUUCAUUUGCCAAGGAAAAUGGUGGUAAAAGAGCUCAAUCUGAUAAAGCAAAAAACCUUUGCAGGGAAUGUGGGGCCUUGGUUCCUACAAGAUCGCUCAAGAGACACGAGAGAAGAUGUGCCAAUAGAAAACGGUUUGAAUGUCCAUUGUGCCGACACCAGUCUAGGGAAAGAACCGAUUACAAAUCUCACAUUGAAAACCAUAAAGUAUGGAUUGAAGUUGAUAAAUCUACAGUGCCGUGUGAUGGCCAGACUGCCGAUACCAGUUCCCGAAAGGAAGAUAACCAGGUAUCCAACAAUGAAGAAGAGAAGAUGGCUGAUGUAAGCGAUGAUGCUGAUAAAGAAGAAGGUGUGAUUUUAUCCGCAUCUGAUUUAGCUGUCUUGGGUCUUAUGCCAAAACCCAAGUUUUCAACCGUGCAGGAAUGUCUAGAUGCAAUCGCAUCAGGGUUGAAAGGAACCUACGAUGAACAAAUGGGUUCAGAUAAAGAAUUGCAGAGUGAGAAUGAAGUGAUCUCUGACAAUCAAGGUAAUGGUGCCGAGUCAAGCUCUGUGAAGUUGAACUCUAAGCAGCUGAAAUGUAAAGCGUGUAAGAAGUGGUUCCUACGUAGGAGCCUUACCAAUCACAUGUAUGAUGCACACGGUAUGACUAAACAGUUUCAGUGUCGCGAUGUAGAUUGCCUUCAACCCUUUACCGACAUGGAAAGCUUUACGACGCAUGUCGCAUCUCACUCUGAGAAGCUGAUGUUUCACUGCGGAUGUCGCCUGUGCCUCCCGAAUAAGACCGAUGUGGAAGAGGAGUACGCGGAUGAGAUGAGAAAGUGGAAGAUGAGGAAGUACUAUGCCCAGUUGUCUUUCAAGUGCAAGCUGUGCUGGAUGAGGUUUCCGACGGAGAGCAGGUUGAUCAAACACCAGCAGUCUGAUUCUCACAACCACAUGUGUGAUGAAUGCGGGAAGGCGAUGGUCAGCAAGCGCCAGCUAAGACUGCACAAAGAAUGCCAUCAGGACCAGAGGGGCUACCUUUGUGACAUGUGCGGCAGUGGGUUCAAGACGGACAGAGAUCUCAAGAGACACAUUGCUUCACAUGGCUCAGAGAAACCCUUUGCCUGCAACGAGUGCGGUAAGGCUUUUCUCUUCAAGAACAAAUUAACAAGGCACGUUAACACAGUCCACGCCACUCACAAACCUUUUGCCUGUAACUACGAGGGCUGCAGAAAGUCGUUUGCGAGGAAAGACAAACUAGCCGAUCACCAGAACACACACAAAUCUCCCAUUCAUGCAUGUCAGUUCUGCUCAAAGACCUUUUAUCGAAAGGAUGUCCUGAGGGAGCAUGAGAUCCUCACCCACACCAAGGAGUUUCCUUAUACCUGCAAGAUGUGUAAGAAAGGGUUCCUGAGACCCAAGAUUCUCUUGAAUCAUCAAACCAAUGAGCACAACACCUCGGUCAGACCAUCAACUUUGGACAAGCUUCUGAAGGCAUCGGCUUCUGUCCAACAACGUGCACAGAACACACCUUUAUCAGCGGCAGCCUGUCUUGCUGGCUAUGUCAUUUACGACCAGAACAUAGCAUCUGUCUUGCAGGGAACCACAGAUAACGAUCCUCAGUCAUUGCAACUCCAACCCAUGACCCUGACACCAUCUGCCUCGUCUGAAGCGCCCUCUAGCGGUGACCUUUCCUACCAAAUGACAGAUAUUACUGGCGCAGGAGGGACUAAUCUCACCUAUCAGGUGUCGGGAGGCAGCCUGUCUGGUGGCACAAAUGCUCUUCAGGUCUCCCUUCGUCAAUCAUUGGCAGAGCCAGAUGUUUUGAUACCUCUAAGCUAUAAGGAUGGAAAUAAAAGUGAUGCCUAGAUACUCAUGUCAUAGAUUAACUUGUAAGUACAUGCACUGUGGUUGAUAGCCAUCAUAGCAUUGCAGAACACGGUAAAAAAAAACAUCACAUCUAAGUAAAAAUCUGUUAGUAUUUUUCUACCAAUAAAAUGUAAAUAUUUAAGGCAUUUAUCACCAGGAUUUUGAAAAUAUAUCUUCUUUUGCUUCAUAAGUUUUUUUUCUCAAAUGGAAGUAUAUAUACAUUGUGUUUUAUAUUGUGCUGUUGAGAAGGAAAUAAAUGUUAAUAAAUACAAAUACAAAAUACAAUACUAUACUAGAUAAUUGUGAAGCACCCGGAGUGUCAAGUCUGACACACAAAAGCGCUCUACAAGAACCCACAAUUACUGUGCAUGCUUAGGAGUUCAUUAUACAAUCUUAUCCAUACUUGAGUUGAGGAUUGUUACAUCUGUCAUAUCAGUUGAUUUGAUGUGAAUUUGAUUUUGCUUUAAUUUGUUGACCAACAGCAACACAGAAAUACAUUUCAUACAAUGAUAUUUAGAUAAAGUACAAAAAGAUAAACUAUUGGUAGGUACAAGUGGCACAUGUGCUAUUCGAGCCUAAUAGAUCCUAUUUGUUUGAUAAAAUAUGGACUCAUUUUAAGGGCCCAUGUCAUAUCAAUGUCAAAUAUAUUAUAUAUCCCAUGUUUAGUAGGUAUACUGUAGCACACACAGAGUAUACUUUAGCAAAACUUACCUCUAAACGCGUUCAUAUGUAUUGCUCUGCACGUAAUAACCUCCACACUGUUUUUCGCACUUAUGUCUCCUCGUACCGCUGCGCAUUGCAUACGUACAGAUUACAUACAUAGAUAAAUGGACAGAACAAGAAACUAUCGCAUGCAGUUUGAUGGCAAAAAGUGGGAUAGUUUCAAUAAAUAAAUCGCACAUGACUACAUUCGACCAAUCUCUUUGAUUAGGAUCUAGGAGUGAAUUGUAUAAAACUACAUUGUGUUUAGAUUGACUUCUAAAUAAUUUUUGUAAAUAUUUGAAUAUAAAGUCUUGUGCCCAUUUUGAAUUUCGAAAUACUGCCAGAGGUAUGGUUUCAAUUUAGUUUAUUUUAAAAGAUUCCAAGAGCUUGGGAUAUUUGUAGUAUAAUCAAAGUUCAGUUUGAUUUAUAAGCAUAUACCAUAUAAAAUUAGAUAACUUUAAAGUUUGAAUAGUACAUGUGUGUAUUCAUUCAUGAAAGAUACUAGAACUACAUGUUUAUGUCUGAUUCAAGGGCUGUUUUUCUAAAUUUUCAUUCAAACCGUUUGAAGGAGAACAGGAAAAUGCCACAUAAAAUAUCUCCCUCUAAAUGUUACAUGUACAUGAUGUAGGUUCAGGCGCAUACGCAGGAUUUUUUCAAGGGGAGGGUUUUAACAUUUAUAAAUCGA